UAGACCAAUAUUAUGUAUUUCACUGUUGUCACAAUUUAUCUUGUAGAUGAUACUGGUUUCUUCUUUUUUUUGACGUAAUAAUAAGGUCAAGAAACUCGUGGAAAAUUUGUAAUGAAUUCCGCGAUGAAUGUUUGGUAUGGAAGAACAUUUAAAGCCUUGCGACUAAAUCAUCCUUCUCAGAUAACAUCUUCAUGGGCUAUAAAUCUUCCGUAUCAUAUAUAAUUGUGAUUGUAUAAUUGUGAAAGACAAUUUUCAUCACCAUCUCUGUUCUCUGUCUCAGGUAGGGUUAGCAGUUUACAUAAUAAUAGUUGAAACUAAAUAGACGUCGGAUGUGAGAUUGUGAUUUAUUAUUGUUUCCUAUAGUCUCCAGAGGAACAUGGGACUUCAACCGAACGUCUCUAAUGCGUUCGGUUCUUUACCAACGUUUUCAUAUGGCUCCACGUCUGCCCACAUGCUUUCAUCUCCUCUUCACACGACCUUCUCCAUAUCACCCUCGGACGACCAACUAGCCGCCUCCUAUUCGGGUUCCACUCGAGCGAUGGCCUGGCGUGUGAUGUCACUCACUUGCUGGUUUUCUCAGAGUAUGACCAAUCCACCUGCAUUUCUUCCUGUAUAUUUGUUGCACAAUUGGUUCCUGCUGGAUUGGCUCGUUCCCAGAGCAAAGACAGCUGUUGAUGAAGGUCUGUAGUUUGUUCAAAGUGCUCUUCAUGACGCGCCAAGUUACUGAUCCGUAUAAGCACUGACUUCACAUUGGAGUUGAAAGUCCGGAUCUUAUUC